UCGUAAAUCCAAAUCCUGGUGCAGUUUACAGCAAGAGUUCUCAAGUCUAUUACAAAAUGUCACCUCAAACAGUGUCUCUAUUUUUGGUUGUUUUAACAGUUGGGUUGGUUUCUUGCGAUCUAAUUCCCGAAGACGAACAUGAUGCGGUGCAACUAUUAUUUAGAGAAAGAAGAGAACUUUUCGGAGGAGUAAAUGGUAAACAUCAACAGAUUGGGGUAAAGGCGGGACCGGCUUGGGGUUCGAUGUCACACUCUGGAGGUCCCAUCACGUACAGUGGAGGUGCUGGUGUGAAUACUCCGGGGGGUCAUGGAUUAUCUGGAAGUCUUUCUCAUACUCCGGGAAUAGGUGGACAAGGGUCAGUUAGAGGAACCGUUGGUCUAGUCAAUACCCCAAAUCAUCAAGCUUCAGCUUGGGCCCAACACGACAGGAAUUUUGAUAGACAUAUGCAUCGACUUGGACCCGAAACAAACAGUGCUGGACUUAAUUAUCAACAUGGCAGUGGAGGUAAUGCUUUCGUUAGUGGAUCAAAAACACCAGGAUUCCCGUCCAGAGGAACCGUAGGAGGAUCUGCACCAAUUCAUACCGGAAGAGAUUCCAGUUUAUCGGUUUCUGGACAGACAACUUUUGGCCAUGGAAUGAAACCUGACCAUCAAGUUGGCUUAUCAUACGAGAAGAAAUUCUAAGACUUUAUUUUAAAUGCAUUUAUUUAUCUUUUUAUUGUAUCUUCUCUAUUUUUAUGUUUAUCGAUUUUGUUUUAUGUGUACAUGUUUUGCUUUGUUUGUUUUUGAAAUAUAUAGACGAUAUUGACAUAAUCAACUCCAA